AUGGCGAAUAAACUUGCAAAUGAGCUCUGGAUCGCUAUCAUCCGCCUGGUCCCAAGAAGUGAUCUCCCAGAAGUCUCCCGCGUCUCUAAGCGCUUGCACGCCUUGACCGAGUCCAUCCUCUAUUCCGAAAUAGAUACCACAAAGCAUAAGGAUGGACCUGACGCAGCUCUCGCAUUACUGUAUCGAACCAUCGUCAGUAGGCCAGAUCUAGCACUCCAUGUCAAGCAUGUAACUCUGUCUGUCAUGACUAAGGUUGGCGCAACACAAUCGGUCCGUGAAUCUGGAACAUUGGAUACAUCCUCCCUUGCCCCUAACUACGAGGAACUCUUGCAAGGCUAUUUAGCUGAAUCCAUGCUGUCGCAAGAUGUCCUGGAAGACUGGCAUGCGACUAUUCUCUCGGAACGGAAUUGGGAUGCUGUCGCUGCCUUCAUCCUUCUUAUGGUCUCGGAAAACGUUGAAUCUCUCACUAUGGAUAACUAUGGCGCAAUGUCUAGACACUAUUUCAUAAAUAUUCUGCUCUCACAUGCACAGCAUGCGCAUGCACUUACAGAAAGCCGCCGUCCAUUCUCACAAUUGCAAGAGGUAGCUCUCAAUAGAGGCGCUAGUAUCGUCAAUUUUAUGAGAUUUCGAUCCAUCAGACCGUAUCUGACACUGGGAUCAGUCGCUAAAUUCACCGGUCAUGACAUCGCUGAUGCGAAUACAAUGUUCGAUGCGGGUAGUGACUCGUGGACUACUGAGUCUAUUGCCUUGAUCAAUUGUACCGUUAAUGCCCCGACUCUGAAAAACUUCCUAUGUGGAUUUCAAGCGCUGAAGUCAUUUGAGUGGGUUAAUGGAAAAUUCAUACCAAACGCCGAGUUCUACAAUGCCAUUCAAGGUGUACCAAAAUUCAAGUCUCACCUCGAAAAGCUGAUCAUUAGCAAUCCACACCAGGGUAAUAUAUGGAAUGCUUCCGUUCCCGCCUUCGACUUGACGGACUUCGCUGCGUUGAAGACAUUUGUCGUCCCUUCCCUCACUGCUCUCGGACCUUUAACCCGAGAAAACGCUGCCUCCAACAACGAUAACACCGAUAUGGGUGAUGUGGAGGAUAUGUUGGAUAUGGAUGACGCUAUCGAACCUCCCGGUUUCUUCUACUCUGCCAGCAGAAUCAAUGACUUCACUGCCGCAUUACCACCGGCGUUGGAGUCCCUCAAGAUUACGGCUUGUUCAUCGUCAAUGUACGAUUGUGCGCUGCGCAUUGUCAGUACGAAGUGCAAAACUCUGAGCAAUCUCAAACAGUUGACUCUAGUUUUCACAGACGAGCGUACUGGUACUGCACGCAACUCCCGCAAAAAGCGCUAUGCUCCUUCGAAAGGCAGAUUGGCAGAAUACAAGAUGAUUGCUAAGAAGAAUGGAGUUGAGCUCAAGUUUCUGGAGUCCGUCGAGCAAGCAUAG